AUGGAGAAUCAAUCUAGAAAAGUUACAUUACAGUCAGCUACAGCGCCCUACAGACAAACAAUGUACAAUACAUGUGUAACAUUAAGUAAGGAAAAUGGCAGCAUUUGGUUGUAUAAUCGUUCAAUGUUACCAAUAUUUGUAAAUUCUCCAACCUUAAGCGAAAAUUGGCAUUGUGUUUGUAAAAUAUUGCCUGGGUACUGCCUUAAAGCCUUCGACAGUGAAAGGGCUCAAACACUUAAAUAUCCCUCGCAUUUUCCUGGUGCUCAAUUAGGACCUAAGGAUCCAUACGGUAUGCAAAUAAGUUUUGGCAAAGGUUGGGGUGAUAAAUACAAACGUCAGGAUGUAACAAACUGCCCAUGUUGGUUCGAGGUAUUAUUACCAACGCAACGGUGACAAAAACUAAUUAACAUGAAUGGAGGCCAGAAUAAAUGUGGCAAGGAUACUGAAACUCAAAUAGCAAUUGAUAAUGUCUGUGAUGAUAAUUGUAUGUACAAGUUAAGUACGCUUGAGCAUAGCUACGCAACCCAGUGGAGUGCUGCUGACUCCAAUUGUCUAACUAAUGUUAAUGUGAAAGAAGAUAGACGAUAUAAAUGUACAACAUCAACAACCAAUAUAAGCAUUGGACAAUUUAAUGAAAUUAGGGAAUAUAGAAAUAGUCAGGAAAGAACUGAGAAGAAUGAGGAAGAAAAUGUUUUUAAUUACUUGCCUGUAUUCGAUGAUUUAUGGAAAAGUGUAAAUUAUUAUUAUAAGAAAGACAGGCAUCGACAAGCCAUAAGAAAAAUUCAUAACACAUUCGUCAAAUUAAUCAAAAUAUGUUGGAGGUCGUCGGAACAACAAUAUGAUAGCAACAAUAUCCACAGUAACAACAACAAAAACACAAAUUUUAAACACAAAGACUUAAAACUGCAUAAACAAAAAUAGUAAAUUGCCUUGCAAAUAUGAAUGAUUUGCGAUUAAUUAAACGGGAAGCAGCAUCGAAAAUAAAUUAAUUUUAAACGAAAACCUGUGAUCGAACAUAGAGUUUAAGUAUAGUUUGUAUGCUAAUAGUUUUUAUUUUAUUUU